AUGAGUUCUGAACAAGUAGUGACAGCUUCUUCAAUAUGGCCCAUUUAUUUAAAGCUUAAAGAAUCUAUACUUAAAAACAACAGUAACCCAAGAUAUACAUGUGAUCUUACGCAAGGUGAAGAUCAUGGUAAUUAUGGUAAUACCGAAGAUCUUUUUCAAACUCCAUCUCAAUGUACCUUGUCAACUGGUGAAAUAACCUCUUACCUCAAUACUAAUGAAGUUGAUGCUAACAACAGUGAUGAAGACAACUAUGCAGGUGUCAGUAGUGAUACCUCCUCAGACACAAUGUUGAAUCACUUAGAAGGUCACAUAAAAACAGCAAUUAAAACACCACUUUUUAAACGGUAUGAUAGUAAUCAAGCAAGACAAAUUUUACAAAAAAUAAGUUUUCUAGAUCCAAGAUACAGAAGUCAUUACAUUGAAUCACCUCAAAAAGAUUUAAUUAUAAGUUUAAUUAAACAAGAAAUGGACGACAUUGGACACCAAGCAGAAGUUGAUGAGCACUACAAAAACACAAACACUAGCGGAUUGGCUGCAUUUUUGGGAAACCUUUCAAGUAUACAUGUUGAAACAAAUACAGUACAAGAUUUGAAUCAAAAAGAACUUGAAAAAUAUUUAUCAUUGCCAAGUGUUGGUUUAAAUUGUAAUCCCUUACAAUGGUGGAAAACGUUUCAGUCCGAAUUUCCCACGGUGGCAAAGUUGGCUACAAAUUACUUGUGUAUACAAGGCACAAGUGUGCCAAGCGAACGCAUUUUUAGUUGUACUGGCAAUGUCAUUACUGAUCACCGAUCCUCACUGUCUCCAGACCAUGCUGAAGAGCUAAUUUUUUUAUCCAUGAAUGCUAAGUUUGUUUCCAAGUGA